AUGGCUUCCACGUUGGAGAAUGAUCUCUGCUGUUCUGUCUGCCAUGAGAUCUAUAAAGAUCCUGUCAUUCUGUCAUGUUGCCACAGCUUCUGUAGAGUCUGUCUGCAGAGCUGGUGGACAGAGAGAGCAAUCCGUGAAUGUCCAGUUUGCAAGAGAAAAUUUUCAAAGGAAUUCCCUCCUUGUAAUUUUAUGUUAAGGAACCUGUGUGAGACCUUCAUACAGGAGAGAGAUCAGAGAGCUUCAGCAGGCUCUGACGCUCUCUGCAGUCUGCACUCUGAGAAACUCAAACUCUUCUGUGUGGACCAUCAGCAGCCAGUGUGUGUCAUUUGUCAGCAUGCAGAAACACACACCAACCACAGAUUCAAACCCAUCGAUGAAGCUGCGCAACAACACAAGAAGAAACUUGAGGAAACUCUGAAGCCCUUAAAGGAGAAGUUAAAGGAUUUUGAUCAAGUUAAAACAAAGUUUGAUAAAACAGCAGAACACAUUAAGGUCCAGGCCCAACACACAGAGAGGCAGAUUAAGGAGCAGUUUAAGAAGCUUCAUCAGUUUCUAGAAGAGGAAGAGGAGGCCAGGAUGGCUGCUCUGAGGGAGGAAGAGGAGCAGAAGAAUCAGAUGAUGAAGGAGAAGAUGGAGGCUCUGAGCAGAGAGAUAGCAGCUCUUUCACACACAGUCAGAGCCACAGAGGAGAAGCUGAGAGCUGAAGAUGUCUCAUUCAUGUUAAACUACAAAGCUGCGGUGGAAAAAGUCCAGCGCUGCCCCCUGCUGGAUGAUCCACAGCUGGGCACAGGAGCCCUCAUAGACCAGGCCAAACACCUGGGCAACCUGACCUUCAACAUCUGGAACAAGAUGAAGGAGAUAGUCUCCUACAUUCCUGUCAUUCUGGAUCCAAACACUGCUCAUCCAAACCUCAUUCUGUCCGAGGAUCUGACCAGUGUGAGCCGAGGAGAGGAACAGCAGCUUCCUGAAAACCCUGAGAGGUUUGGUGACUAUGUCGCUAUACUGGGCUCUGAGGGCUUUAACUCAGGGACCCACAGCUGGGAUGUUGAGGUGGGAAAUGGCACAAGAUGGGCACUGGGUGUGUUGGCAGAGACUGUGGAGAGGAAAGGAAUCACACAGUCUGGAUUAUGGAGAGUACGAUACUCUGACGGUGAACACAGUGCAGUCUCCGGAUCAGAUCCACCCACUGCUCUCCUACCAAAGAGGAUGUUCCAAAGGAUUCGAGCUGCUGUUAUUAUAAAAUUCAACUGUGAACUAGAGUUUGAAAACCUCUCAGUGAAUCAGGAGGAUAUUUAA